GGAAGCAAAUCGGGCGUGUUUCGGCAGCGCAUCGGUUGCAUUCGAAUGGUACAACAUCUACUGCACCAACUAACCAGAGCCUAGACAUACAGAGAGCAGCAGAAAGCAUAUAAUUUAAGUGUUACUUCCGAGGAAUUAAUUAAAUAAAAUUCAUUGUUUAUAACGCGAAAAAGGGCGAGUAAAAAUUUGCCGUUUAAAACGUGUCGUGAACGCGUCGUUGACGUGCGUGUGCAAAGUGUGUGCGUUUUACUAGAAAAGAACUACUUUCCGUAAAUAUAAUAUACACAUAUAUACAUAUAUACUAAAAUUUACAUACAUACAUACACACCUAAAAGAUGUCACUCAUACCGUUCAUACUCGAAUUGGCCGAUGAGUUGCAUGAAUUCAAUCGUUGCCUGGCCACCGGUGGUAUGGAUGUCGACGACUUCGGUUUCGGUAUCUACCCGCAUGAAUUGCAGCCGCAGCAGCAGCAGUCGCCGCAACAACAGCAGCAGUCGCAACAUCCACUGCAGCAACAACAGCAAGUACAGCAACAACAUUUGUCGCAGCAGCGACGCCCACGCACCCUCUCCCAGUUUUACUGGUUGCCAAAUAUAAGUAAAAGUCGACACCAUCCCUACUAUCGUGGCAAACCAUGUUGCAACAAAACUCCCAUACAUUUGGUGCACGACCAUCAGCUGGAAAAGGAAACAUCGACUGCUGGCGGCGGCGGCGGCGGCGGUGGUGGCAGUGGCGUCAUUAAUUCUAGCCCCACAGCAGCCGGCACAAAUGCGGCUGACAAGGAGUUAACGCCUACUAGUGCUCAUGCCACAAAUUCCACGAACUCCUCCAAUUCAACUGGCAAUUCGGCGGCUGGUAAAUCCGCGUAUUCGGUGGUUAAUAAGAAUGGCUUUCAGGUUAGCAUGAAUGUGAAGCAAUUCGCACCCAACGAACUGACCGUCAAGACAAUCGAUAAUUGUAUCGUCGUCGAGGGUCAGCACGAAGACAAGGAAGAUGGGCAUGGCGUCAUUUCGCGACACUUCAUCCGAAAGUAUAUGCUGCCGAAGGGAUACGACCCGAGCGAAGUGCUUUCCACAUUGUCCUCGGAUGGAAUUUUGACUGUUAAGGCGCCACCGCCAGCACUGAAGACUGACGAAACUAUGGAACGCAUUGUCGAUAUACAGCAAACCGGCGGACCGGUACAGGUUCAACAGAGCGCUGCUAAGGAACCAACAAAUGUCGCUAGUAACGGUAAGGAAACCCAAACUAGUGCAGCAACUGCUGUGGCACAGGCAGUCACUGAUGCUGCAGCCGUUGCAGCUGUUAGCUUACCAACAGCGGUGGCAACAACAUUACAAAAACAACAACAACCACAGCAAGAAAAGCAGCAAAACCAGCAAACCCAUACAAUAAAUGCAACAGUCGAAGGUGUUCAACAACAACAGCAGCAGCCGACGAAAUUGUCACAGGCAACAACAAAAGACUUGCAGGUAACGCGCGAACGCAAUGGCAAGCUGGAACCGAAAGAGUUGCUCGCCGAGCAAGAGACUGAAAAACGCACAGCUGAGCAGAAAGCCAUGUCUUCCAAUACCAACAACAAUAACAUUAAUAUUAACAGUGGUGACACCAACAUGGACUGUAGUGAGUUAAAAGCCGCUGUUACUUCCAAGCCCACUUCGCAAACGGAAGUGAAAGAGAGGGAGUCUACAGUGGAGAAUGACGAGCCGACACUCGCCGUUAUAGAGAAUGUCAAUAAUAAAGCGCCUCACGCCAGCGAUGCAACAAAAUCAUCGUCGACAAUUGACACCAUCAGGGCUGACGCUACAGCAGAUGAGCCGAUGGAGACAGAGGAAGAACUGGAGACAAUUACUAAUGAAGAAGUUGUCGCACAGAAGCCUAUAGUGGACUCAAUACCCACAGCUGAUACUGAAGAUGACGCAGCGUCUGCCAACAACAUUGAUUGUGGUGUUAACUCUGCUGUAACAGCAGCAACAACUAAUAAUAAUACCACUUCCAACGAUGUCGUCACACCGACUAGCGACACCGCAAGUGCCGUAGAGGCUAACGGUAUCGAAAAUAACACCGCCAACAACAUUGACAUCGAGUUGGYGCCCGCAACCAUCGCCGACGCCAGCGACAUUGUUGUGGUCACCAAUAACGGUGUGUCCGAUGAUAAGACUGCCGCCAAAGGCGAUGGUCUAACGAUUAGCUUAGAGUCAACAGUAGCCGAAAUUGAUGGUGUCACAGACAUGGACGCCGAUAUCGCUGACGUCGCCGAUGUUGUCGAUGGUGUUGUGGAUGCCGACGGCUUGGACAGUGGCGUUAUCGCGAUUGGCAUCGACGCCAUCGGGGUCGGCGUAGAUGUCAAUGUAAUCACAGCAGAUGGCAACAAUGCAACUGCGCAAAAUAUUGAAGAUGGCAAUGAAGAGAACGUCGCCACUGGUAAUGUAGUAGUUGCUGCGCAAUCGCCCACACCAGCUGAUUUGGUGGCAGCAGCUGAUGCUGCCAUACUUUUGGCCAAGACACAAUGUGAUGGUGGUGCCGGUGAUGUUGCAGCCAGUAAACCUGCUCUGAACACCGAAGAAAUAACUAACUAAGCGCGAGAGCGAGUGAGGGAGACCGAGCGAGUGAUGUGGUGGUGCAGCACGAAAGAUUUGAGCAUAAGGAAAAGAAAAAUUUUGCGGAGUUAGAAAAAAUAACGGUAUAAGCAUUCACUUUGGCAGAUACAUACGUACAUAUAUAUGAGAAAAAAACAACACAAAAAACAACAAAAAUGCGUUUACAUUUUAAGUACUUAACUAUGGUAGUAGCAGCUAAAGUUAAAAAUAAAAGUAAAAAAUAGAAACAAAAAGCAGAUGAAGCAAGUGAUAUAAAAAGUAGAAAUAUAAAUCGCAAAAGGCGUAUUUAGAGACGCCAUUUCCUACAUGCAUUCAUACACAUUCUAACAUAAAUUAAUUUUUAAUAAACACACACAUACAUAUGAAAACAGUAGUCAACUGAAAGCUAAAUACUAUUAGUUAAAGAGCCUUGCAAAUUAAAAUAAAUCGAGUAUGUGACAAUUAUAAAGAUUUUGUAUUUAUUUUCUAUAUAUACAAAUAGUUUUGCUGCUAUUAAAAAUAAACUGAGUUCACAAUCUUUGCAUUCCAACGA